AUGAAUACUUUCAAAAGUGACAAAGAGUUUCGUGAAUUCGAUGAACCUAGACUCUUUGAAGAUAUUAAUGUUGUCAAUUAUCCAAAAAAUCAACCUGUCGAAAGAACCAAAACACUUUCACCACCACCAUCUUCUUCUUCUCAACAAAAACAACAACAAACAUCAUUGACCCGUGAAACAGCAUAUCCGAUUUCUACGCUCCGACACCAAUUUAUCCGAUUCAACGUUGAGAGAAUCGAAGUGAAUACCAGUUCUCAAGUAUUAAAUUCUUUUAAAGAAAGAAAAAUCGUCAUCUCUUUUCGCUUUCCCUCGUCCGAUGUUGAUAUUAGAUUGUUGGAGAAUAUUCGUUUGGUGAUUCCUUUUUCGAAAAUUACUCGAUUUAGAGUCGGUGAAAGUGGUGUUGGUUCUAGUGCUAACGCUUUCGAUGAUGUGGAUUCAAGAAAUAUCUUCGUGGGAUUCGAAAGUGGAUAUAAAAUUAAUUGUAUAAAAUGCAAUUCUGCAGCUAAUUCAGCCAAAAUAGAACCAAUAAUAGAAAAGGCUACUUCUUUUGUAAUUAUUCCAUGUCGUGAUGUUGAGGAUAAUACAUUGGGCUUAUUGGACAAGGGAAUGAAACUUUUCUGCUCAAACACGACAAAAUCGUCUAAUCAAUUGGUUGACAAUAAUACUAAAGAAAAUGAAGUCAAGCAACAGCAGCAACAAGUUUUUUUCAACAACUCCCAAACUCUUGUUGAUAAACCACAAUCAUCAGCUAUCGGUGAAGGAUUAGGAGGACAACAGCAACAACAUCAGUUAACAAUCCUCUGCGUAUUUCUCACGAAGAAAAUAACUAUAAUUGUACCAAAAACAAUCUCAUUCGAUCAACUAAUCAAUACUAUUGAACAACGUGCUCAAGUACAUCUAUGUCGUGGUCGUAUCACAUACCUAAAUGCCCUUAGACAAGUGAUCACGUUAACGGAAGAAGAAGAUUGGAAGGUUGCUAAGUGGGAAUUUCAGUUGGAACGAAUGAAACAUAUUGAAAUUCAUUUGGCAUAG